AUGACUGGCAACGGUGCAUAUAAGACUUUGACUGUGGAUGAGAUGGUAGAUAGGGGAUCCAGACACCGUGAUCGGUUUUCCAGUCAGGAAACACCUGCGGGCUACUACCGUGCAGAUAUGCAAGACAGUCUUGAGGAACAGGAGUAUAAAGCUCAGCAGGAACAAGCUCGAGAACUGGAAGCCAAGAAAAGGUUCAAUGAGGCCAUUCGCUGUGGCAAGUGGAAAUUCCGGGAUAAAAAGCUUCGAGACCGGGUUCUUAAAAUCUACCAAAAGCGAAAUUAA